CUAACCUCUGUGUGGUCACGUGUCACAUGUAUGCGGAAGUACAGAUCCGUUGCUUCGCUGUCUGUUUGUUAAUCAUUUGGGUCGGAUGCUAGCACGGGUCGCCUUGCAAACGUUGAUUCUUUCUGCAACCGUCAACAAGUAAACAACACCCAUGGUUAUGAUGACCCAGAAGCAGUGCCUGGAGGGCCAGGUGUACUCUGUGCCUCUCAUCCAGUCAGACCUGAGGAGAGAGGAGGCUGUCCAUCAGAUAGCGGAUGCAUUACUCUACCUGGAGACCAUUUCUACAGAUAUUUUCAGAAGGGUGUCUGACAGUGUGGAGAAGAACCGACGCCAGCUGCAGAGUGUUACUGACAGGAUCAGAUUAGCUCAGGCCCGUGUCGACAAGAUCAAAGGCAGUAAGAAGGCCACCAAGGUUUUCUCCAGUGCUAAGUACCCGGCUCCGGAUCGCCUUCGGGAUUACUCGUCGAUUUUUAUUGAAGCUACAGACCCCUCGUCACAAACUCGCCCCCGACAAAGGAUACAGAAUAAACUUCGACCCUUUGAUGAGACGGCUUUGCAGGAGAAAUUGAUGUAUUUCCCAGUGUGUGUGAGCAAAAAGAAGAAGUCUGAGGAUGAGACAGAGGAGGGACUUGGCAGUCUGCCACGCAACAUCUCGUCUGUCAGCUCCCUGUUGCUCUUUAAUACUACAGAGAACCUUUAUAAGAAGUAUGUGUUCCUCGAUCCUCUGGCCGGCGCAGUAACAAAAACACACAGAACACUAGAGACAGAGAAAGAAGAGAAGCCGUUUGAUGCACCGUUGUCCAUCACGAAGAGGGAACAGUUGGAUAGACAGACGGCAGAGUCUUAUUUCUAUGUGCCAGACCUGGGUCAGGUGCCAGAAAUAGAUGUGCCAUCUUAUCUGCCUGACCUUCCAGGCAUCGCAGACGACCUCUCCUACAGCGCAGACCUUGGACCCGGCUUUGCCCCAUCAGGACCCACACACAAUAUCCCCGAUCUGCCCACUUUCAUUGAAGAGAGCGAUGCACAUGCCUCUCCGCUCCAACCCAUCGUUCCACCUCCUCCACCACCUCCCCCCCCUCCUCCCGAGCCAGCCCUCGCUCCUGCCAUUCCUGCAGGAGCACCCCCGCCUCCCCCUCCGCCUCCCCCACCUCCUGUCGACAGCCCCACGCGGGUCUCUCAGGCGCCAAACUCAGGCCCUGUGUCUAGUGCUCCCAGCCGGGUGGUCGAGCCGUCAGACGGCCGUGCCAAUCUCCUCGAGUCCAUCCGCAACGCCGGCGGCAUCGGCAAGGCCCAGUUACGCAAUGUCAAAGAGCGCAAAAUGGAGAAGAAGAAACAGAAGGAGCAAGAGCAAGCAGUGGGAGCUGCAUCUAGUAGUGGAGACUUUAUGUCUGAUCUCUUCAACAAACUCUCCAUGCGAAGGAAAGGCAUAUCUGGUAAGGGUCCAGCUGGUGGAGAGUCGGGCAAAACUCCAGCUCCAGGUACUGGCGGUGCAUUCGCCAGGAUGUCUGAUGUCAUCCCACCACUUCCUUCUCCACAUGUGACAACAGACGACGAUGACUGGGAGGCAUAACUCGAAGGACGAAGGACACUUACCGUAGGAUUUAGCAGGUCUCAGAUUUAUUGGAAAAUUAUCUGGUGUGGCGAGCGUGUAUAAGAACAACCGUGGCCGAUUCAACCAUGUAACCAUGUGAUGGCCUCAUCUAGAGCCAGUGUUUUGGUUCGUCCAUUCUGGGCUACCGUCAAAAUUACACGACGAUGCUAACAAGUUCAAUGAACAGAAUGUAGAUGUAAACAGCUCAUUCUACGGUAAUGAAAACAGUUCCUCUUUUCAGGGGAUUAUUCAACAGUGAUGACAUACAUGUAAAUGUUUCACACUGGCCCUUACUGAUUCAAUAGUUGUGCAUAGUGUACAAAGGACAUUUUUUUCUUUUCACUUAACAAUAUUAUAAAGAGAUUUAUCUUGCUAACAAAAGCUUUUAGUGUAAAGUGGCCUAUAAUUGGCCAUUUAAUAAGUCCGUUGGUUUGUCCCACCUGUUCAACAAUACAUCCCUAAAAAUCCAAUAAUCCAAAUAUUAUUGAUAAUCAUUUAUUGUACAAUAUCAUUGAAUUAAACUGAAGUGUUAAGACCAUCCACUGAAAACAUGGAACCAUUUUACUAACAUCUUGCAUAGUCCUUUUUUUUCUCGCAUUACAUAACAGAAUAAAAUGCAUUAAAUAUUUAACAUAUUCUUCAAGGGUAAAUUAGUCACAAGGAUUUCAUCGCUGUGUCUUAUCUUUGUAGUAGCUGUUUUCUGUUCCAGACUAAAUUCUAAGACAUUGCAGGACUGAUGUAUUGUUUCUAUCUGAUAAAUGCCCUUUUGUCAGCA